UCCGCCUUCAGCCCGACGCUGAGCGGCUGGAUCUGCCGCUCUGUGCGCACCGCUGGAAGAAAACACGCAAUCUGUUCUUAGGUUUCUGGGUUUCUCUUUAAUAUUUUGUCGGAACGUUACGCAGGAGAACCAUCAGGUGAGGGUACACCUGUGUGCCUGUUCUGCUGACUCUUCUCCCCUCAUCCCCACUUGUUGAUGGGGCACCGAGGGGCUCUCUCACAAUUCUUAUGCGUAAUUUGGAUCUAACUCUGUCCGACGGUGGAAGUUUCGAGCUGCGCGGUUUCCUGACAGAUGGUUACAAUGGGAGGCGAUCGGUAACAGCCCUCGGCAUCGGAUUACACAGGCAGGCUGCUGCCAGGUAGAGCAGCAGAAUGGGGAACCAGAUGGACAGGCUGUCACAUUUAAGUUAUGCAGAAGUUCCCACGGUGGACCCGAACGGCGUGGACACGGACGACGGUCCGCGGAUCGGAGUCUCUUACAUCUUCUCAAGCGACGACGACGAGCUGGAGGACGGAUGCGCGGUGGAAGGUGGAGAAAAACACGCAAACGAGGAAGAGAAAAACUACGACCAGCGCGACGAGGUGGAAUGCGCCGUCUAUCACAGAGAGGAGUGCAUCUAUGAGAAGAGCGCAAAGUGCGCAAACCUGGAGGUUUACUCUCCGGAGAACCUGCUCAACAAGUGCAAAGCGGGGGACCUGGUGGAGUUCGUGGCCACGAAUCAGUACCCGCACUGGGCCGUGUAUGUCGGGGACUUCCAGGUGGUGCACCUGCACAGAGCCGAGGUGAAAAACAGCUUUCUGACCGACGCCAGCCAAGGGAGAAGGUGUCGGAUCGUAAACGACUGGUACAAAUUCAAGCCCCUGUGCACGGAAGUGGUGGUGCAGAACGCGAUGGAGCAGGUGGGGCUGAAGGACCGGGAGCUGAGCUGGAGAAACUCGGAGAGCUUCGCAGCCUGGUGCAGAUUCGGCAAGAGGGAGUUCAAGAUGGGCGGGGAGAUCCGGAUCGGCAAACAGCCCUACAGGCUAAAGGUGUUCGUGUCGGACAAACACUCCCACGUGUUGGAGUUUCAGAGUCUGGAGGAUGUGAUCAUGGAGAAGAGGAGGAAUGAUCACCUGGGCAGGACAGCCGUGCUGCGGGAGCUGGCCGCGCAUUUCAGAGGCAUGGAGGAGAGGGAAAGUGAGAUGGGAGCGGAUUGAUGUAUUCUCCUCAAGAUGUCUGUUACACCGUUCUCUUAAAUUUGUAGCAAUCCUCAUUGAUUUCACAAGGCUUAGCAAAAAUAUUCACGCCCCUAAAACUUUGGAAUUUCUUCACAUUGCAGCCAAAAAUCUCUAUGUAUUUAUGUGUGAUUGAUCAAACACAAAGGAGCGCAUAAUUAGGAAGUGGAAGGAAAAUCAUACACAGUUUUCCUUUUUAAAACAAAAAAAAAAAUGAGAAAAGUGUGACAUACAAAUGCAUUUAGCCCCCUUAACUCUGAAAACUCUAAACAGAACUCCAGAGUUUUUGUCCUUCGUGCAAAGGGUAAGGGGUGCUCAAGUCCCUUUGAACAAGGCAGCAUCAUGCUGUGGGGCUGCUUAGAUUAGGCAGGGAACGGGAAUUUGGUCAUAGUUAAUAAGAAGCUGGAAGGAGCUAAAUGCAGGACAAUCCUGGAAGAAAACCUGCAAAAGAUGUGAGACUGGUGUAGAGGUUCACCUUCCAGCAGGACAACAACCAUAAACAUACCACCAUAGCUACAAUGGAACGAUUUAAAUCAAAACAUAACCAGUAUGCUUUGGUCAGUAUGAGUCUAUAAAGAUUUUGGGAGCCAGUCAAAGUAAAGUUAAUUAAAAUUCUGUGGCAAGACAUGGAUGUUCAAAAAUGCUUUCUAUCCAAUCUGACUGAGCAUGAGCUAUUUUGCAAGAAAGAUUGGGUAAAAAAACAAACAGUGGAUGCAUAAAGCUGGUAGAGACAUAGAAAACUGUGGGUCUACAAAGUGUAUAUUUAAGGGGCUGAAUCCAAAUGAACCACAGACUUUUUCAGAUUAAAAUGUGAAAACUAUGUGCGUUCACUCUCCAUUUUUAACAAUUGUGCACUACUUUGUGUUGGUCUAUCAUACAAUAACAAACAAACACAUUUAAGUCCGUGGUUGUAAAGUGACAAAAUAUGAAAAUGUUCAAGGGUUAUAAAUACUUUUUCAAAACAGUGCUAAGUAUAAUUUCAGCUCCUAAUUUGUACAUGGACAGAUUUUUGGUCCAUGUUUUUAAAAGUUUAUAAUUUAAAUGCCUUAAAGCCCCAUCAUCAGUUCACAUUUCAACUUUAACAAAAUAAAAAUGACUGAAUCAGCUGUUUAUUUUUGCUACAAAGUGCUCUCCACUCACAGAAUGUAGUUUUAUAAAAGCUUUACAAAUUUAUCAUGGAGUGUCCGAAAGCAGGAAGAAGACAUUCCUUCUAUUUAUAGAUACAUUUAUCCAGGUGAGAAUUAAUUUCAUGUCUCAGCUUGCUCAGACUGUCAUGGAUUUGUGUCUGCCUUAUUGGGUGAGUUCACCCAGUGUGGAGGAAAUGUUGUGGAGCAUUGUCUGUUAAACUGAUCAAAGUCUGUGUUAACUGUUCCCAAAGUUUAAGUAAACCCUGAGUCACUAUCUCAUCUUAAAGCCAUUCUUAUUGUUUCUUUUGUUAAUUAAUGGGAUGAGAGAAGUUACCGGGAAAAACAACAUUUUCAGAUGCCUCAUACAUCCAGGGCUGUGACAUGAAGUAUCUCCAAGUUUUUUUUAAAUAUUUUCCAAAAGUGGUGUAGUAAUCCGUUUGUUCUUUGCUAAAAUUAUCAUUUUAAAGACGCUUACUUCUCACAAUACAAACGACUUAAAGCUUUAUGUUUCUGAAAAUGUGUUCUUCAAUAGUGUGAAUCAGAUCUGUGGGCUGAAGUUUUAUUUACCAAAUUUCUAAAAGCUUUUGGAAGCACAAUUAAAAGACCAUGAUCAAUGUUUUGUUUUAUCUAUAACCCAAAUGAUUUGUUGCUUUGAGAAAUUUAACUUAAUUAUAUCUGGAGCUUUGUUUUAAAAAAGGAUUUAUUUGCACGCCUGUGGAGCUGCUUAAUUGUUUGCAGCUUGCCAGCUAAACCCACAAUACAGCCAUUAUUGAAAUGUUACAUGACUAAAACAAAUCCGGAAAGAAAGGCAGGACAAAACAGAGAAGAUUGUGAUGGGUCAUGCAGAUUGUAUCCCCUAAGAUCAAGAGAAAAAUAUUUUUUAUUCACAAUUUGCUGUAUAUUAACUUUGUAGAUGUUGUACAUGCACUAAAUACUCUUUAAAUGGCCAUAAAAGCCUAAAUAUAUAAAUCUAAAUUUCCUCCAGUCUUAUUUUUCCAACUUGCAGGGUUUUGUGUUGUGGGACUUUCAUCUGCGUCUUCAACAAAUUAUUAAUUUAAUGCACAUUAAUGCAGUGUUCUUUUGGAUUACUUGAGUUUCCAUUCAGAAAUACAACAAGAACACCCCCUGAAGUCUUAAUUCCAACUUGGAAAGUUGGAGAUUCCUUUCUAGGUUAUAUUUGUCUCAAACGUCUAAGCUGGGAAUAACAUCACGUAAUGAUUGCUAUUAGCAAUAUAAGCCAAUCAUAUAUUUUCCUCCAUUUUCUGUAUUAAAACACAAAAUGUUUAAAAAUAGAUAUUUUACAGCACUGUGUGCCACUGGUUAAAAGAGAUGAAAACUGUUAAAAGUGUUUAUACAGUUUAUAGUGUUUAUACCGGCAGCCUUUAAUACAUACUUUAUCUUACUAUAUUAUAAUCAGGGUUGCUCUGCAACUUUGACUUUCCUUGUCAUAAUAUCGACUUCAGCAGAUGUAUUUGUUGUUCUUGUUUUAUUGAAAACUAACAACUGAUUUCUGAAUACAAAGAGAGAUCACUAUCUGAGCAGGCAAGCAGGCUACAACAAAUAUUAAACGUAGGGAAAAUUGCAGGUAUAAACUACAGUGCCUUAUACAAGUAUUCACUCCCCUUUGGUUUUUACCUAUUUUGUUACAUUCCAACCUGUAAUUUAAAUGUUUUUUAUGCUAUUUUAUGUGAUGAUCUGCACUAAAUAGUCUAAGCUGGUAAAGUUGAAUGAAAAAAAUGUAUAUUAAAAAAAUCUGAUUUAUCCACCCCCUUUGCUAUGAAGCCCCUAAAAAGUCCAAAAGACCAAGGAGCUCUACAAACAGGUCAGGGACAACGUUGUUGAGUAGAACAAGUUAGCACCAUCAAAUCCAUCAUCAAGUGGAAACCACAUGGUGCCACAACAAACCCGUCAAGAGUUGGCUGCCCACCAAAACUCACAGUCUGAGCAAGGAGGGCAUUAAUCAGAGAAGCAGCACAGAAACCAAAGACAACCCUGAAGGAGUUGUAGAGUUCCACAGCAGACAUUGGGGUUUCUGUCCACAAUACGCCAUACACUCCAUAGAGCUGGGCUUUAUGGAGGAGUGACCAGAAAAUAGCCAGUAUUUAGUGCUAAACAUAGGAAGGCACGUUUUGUAGAUUGUAAAAGGCAGGUGGUCGACUCUCCAAAUGUUUGGAGGAAGGUGCUCUGGUCUGAGAUAAAAAUUGAACCCUUCAGCCACCAUGGAAAGCACUAUGUCUGGCACACACCCAACACAUCACAUCAGCCCAAUAACACCAUCUCCACAGUGAAACAUGGUGGUGGCACUUUCAUGCUGUGGGGAUGUUUUUCAGCAGCAUGGACUGGGAAAUCUCCCUUGAGUUGAGCGAGAGAUGGAUGGUGCAAAAUACAGGGUUAUUCUUGAGCAAAACCUGUCAGUUCGCUUAAUAUGCCCUUCAUGGAGGUAAAUGAUACCAUUGUGAAUAUGAAUGCAUUAUUGUGGGCUAUGCUUGAAUUUUUAUUGUUGGGUUUUGCCUAACUUUUAUCAUGGUAUAAACUGUAAGAAUAAUAACAGCUCAAACUAUCAAAAUGUAUAAUGCUUUUUUCAUCACCACAGUAGAAAAAAUGGUGCUGCAGUUUAUGAAGAUUUCGACAGCCAACAGCUGGAGAGGGUGCAUUUGUUUGCAUGUGCAUUUAGAUUAGUAAUGGACUAAAAAUGCCUGGAGCAAUACAUAGAACUCCUGCUUUCUGGUCUGCCUCUCAGAGUUCAGAUGUGGGCAAAAACAUUUGAUUUUAACGGAGUAAAACAAUAAAAAGUAAAACAAAUAUGUCAAUCGGACAACAAGAAAAUGAUUUGUUUUAACCCUACUUGACUACUAACCUAUAAGACUAAUAGCAGUUUAAAAAUAUUUCUAAAUGGCACUUAUAUGGCUGUAAUUGUAGAGGAGGCCAUAUUACAGCAAUUUUCUAACAGUAAUUGAGGUAAAGCCUUUGGAUCGCAAACAAUUACUAAUUAUUGUUUUGUGUUGCAAGUAUUAAUUUAUGCUUCUGAGAGAGAUUUCUGAGGGAGCUUCUCUGGGGCAGUUAUUGAUUUGCAGUUCACGUAGGCUGAAAUGAAAUGAGAAAUAACCUCAAACACUUUCAAUUCACCCACAGAGAUAAAAACGUUGUUGUGCCAGAACAGUUUGUUGUGUGGUGAGAAUAUGUGAAUGUUCUAAGACUGCAAACAUCGGCGGCAUGAUGUGGACGCACAUCUUUAAUGCAAAACUGAACAACUGUUUAAAAUGUGAAAAUACAGAAAAAAAACUGCUUCAUAAUUGUUAUUGUUUAGACCACUUAGCUGUAACUUGCCUUUAUAUAAUUAAAAAAUAAAUGUGAUAGUAUGUCUAAUACUAUUUGCUUUCAAAAUCAUCUCUUGGUACGACUAGACAAAAAUCAUCUGGUGUUUAUAGAAUAAACUGACCACCAUCAGUGGCAAAACUUGUGCAUGCAGAGGGUGCUUUCAGCUACCCUGCAGCAUUUUAAUCAAGUUAGGAUAUUAAAUCCUCCUUACAGAGUCUUGUCAAGCUCAGCCUUUUCAGCAGCGUCAGACACUGUUUUAUUGUACCAGGAGUCAGUUAAUGAGACAGAAGUGCAUGUUUGCAGAUAUUACAGUACUGCCAUGGCUGUAAAGAGGCAAUGUCUUCAUGGUGAAGGUAGGUUGACAAAUUCAAUCAAAUGUUCACAUUCAGUUUCAUGAGGCAUUUUUCUUCAGUUAGCGUUAGUAACAGAUUUUUAGUUUAUCAGGAUUUGAACCAAAAUCAAUUAUUCAUUCAUUUUCCAUACUAAGCCUUUCAGUAGGUGGGUGCCUGAGAGGGAAACCCUCCUAGACUAAACAAAUAAUUGUACACAUACGUAGAAGAAUGUAUGCUCUCUAAUUAACCUAACGUGCAUGUUUUUGGUCUUCAGCAAACACCUGAAGAACACUUGAAAACCCAUGGAUGCACAAGGACAUAAAUAAAACAUAUUUUAUGAAUAAAACAAUGCUUUGUCUUACUAAAGCAAGUUCAUGCCUUCUUGAAGUGGUUUAAACUCUUUAAAAAGAGUGUUCAACUGGAAUGCUGAUAUGCUUCCCUCUAAAUGUAAUUCCUUGCAUGGAAUGCAGAAUGUUAACCCACUGUGUCUUUUUUGUUUGCUGUUUACCGUACAUGGCUUGUUGCAAACUUUAAACUUCCUUGUUGCUGUUUCUCCAUCAAGGCCAAAUUUUAUGGAGUGCAUGACUAGUAGCGCUGAACAAAUUCUUUCGGCUGACAGGUGGAUCUCUGCAGCUCCUCCAGAGUUACCAUAGGCCUACUGGCUGCUUCUUUUGAUAAAGAUCUUCUUGCCAAAUCUGUUUACGUAGAUGGCCAUAUCUUGGUAGGUUUGCAGUUAUUAUAUACCCUUUAGAUUUUCAGAUAACUUAACCCCGCAUUAAACAUCUCCACAUCUUUAUCCCUGA